CGCAGCUGCAGCCAAUACCCCCGUCCGCGAUGGUGGCCCGCUCGCCCGCUCGGCACGGAGGCGGCGGCCGGCGCUGGCCGCGGGCGGCCGCCUGGCUGUGGUUGGCGGCGGCGCUGGGCGCCGUGUGGCCGCCUCGGGGCUCGCUGGUGCAGGGCCGGCGGCUGAUCUGCUGGCAGGCGGUGCUGCAGUGUCAGGGGGAGCCCGAGUGCAGCUACGCGUACAACCAGUACGCCGAGGCGUGCGCCCCGGUGCUCCUACAGCAGCAGCCGCCGCCGGCGGGCGGAGGGGACGGCCCGGCGGGCGCAGCUGGCGCGGCCGCCUCAUCCAGGCGGCGGUGCCCCAGCCACUGCAUCGCGGCGCUCAUCCAGCUCAACCACACCCGGCGUGGCCCGGCGCUGGAGGACUGCGACUGCGCGCAGGACGAGAACUGCCGCGCCACCAAGCGCGCCAUCGAGCCCUGCUUGCCCCGCACCAGCAGCCCCGCGGGCGGCGGCCCCGGCGGCGGCGGCCCCGGCGGCCCCGGCGUCAUGGGCUGCACGGAGGCGCGGCGGCGCUGCGACUGGGACAGCCGCUGCAGCCUGGCGCUGAACCGCUACAUGACCUACUGCGGGAAGCUGUUCAACGGGCUGCGCUGCACGCCCGAGUGCCGCGCCGUCAUCGAGGACAUGCUGGCCGUGCCCAAGGCCGUGCUGCUCAACGACUGCGUCUGCGACGGGCUGGAGCGGCCCAUCUGCGAGUCGGUCAAGGAGAACAUGGCCCGCCUCUGCUUCGGCGCCGACAUGGGCGGCAACGGCGCGGGCAGCAGCGGCGGCUCGGACGGCGGCCUGGAGGAGUACUACGACGAGGACUACGAGGAGGAGCCGAGCCAGAAGGGGAGGGACGACGCGGAGGACAAUACGGGCGCCGAGCCCGGCUUCCCCGUGCAGGCAGAUAGCUCUGGCCGGCCCGCCGGGGCGGCUGGGGCGCUGCUCGCCUCCAUCUUGGUGCCGCUGCUGCCGCGGCUCUAACAUCCCUCCCUUCCCGCUCCCCUCCAGCCCGCUUCCCAUCGCUGCCUCCCCCCACCACUGCCUCUCUCCGCAUCCCCAUCCCCUUCGCCGGGCCGGGCCGGGCCAGGCCCCCCGCGCCGAGCCGCCGCGGGCCUCUAGUCGAGCCCUCCCGCGGCGGCCGGGGAUCCGGCCGGCGGGGCCCCGCGGCGCGGAGCGGCUUUAAACGCUCUGGCCGCGGAUUACCCGACCCAUUGCCCCGGCGCCCCGUCCCCCCGUCCCCUCGCGUCUCCCCCUCUGCCUCCGCUGCUGCGCGCAGCCCCCAGCCGACCCCUUUCCCCGGCCCGGCGCUGCGAGCCGGCUGCUGGAGCGGUGGCCGGAGCGCAGGGGCCGCUCGUGUUUCGGGUGUUGGUCUCGAGUGUGCACUAUGCAAUUGCUGCCACCCUGCCUUCGUGUUACUAGCGAGCGGAGCGGCUGACAGAGACUGCGGGCGAGGCCGCUAGCCGCCCCCCGGAAUAAACCGGGAGUUGUGGCAUGCUGGUACUGGAGGUCUUUUAAGAGUUUUGACAUGAAGGUUAGUAAGAGGUGAGCAACCCAAACUUGCUGCCAAAGCGUUGCCGUACUAGUUAGUCAGCAACUUGAUUAUCACUAGCCGCAUCUCGCUCUUCCUGAUGCAGUUGUGCCCGAAAGGGGCUUACGCCUCAUCUGCCAUUAAAUUUAGGGAAAUAGCAGACUGAAUAAAUUUGGUGAUUUACAGCACUCCCUCUUGCACACACAAAUUCCCUAUAACAAAAGCGUGCCAGCAGCCGUCUCUUCCUCUGUAACCUAGCGACAUUAAAAAAAAAUUGUUUCAGAGUUGUUGGCUAUACUGAACAAUGCAACUUUUGUUUUAAAAGAGCUCUGCACUGCCAUCUUUAAAAGACACUUUUAAACUCGAGAACAUGUAUGUACAAAUAUCCUGAAAAGUUUUAUUGCCUCGUCAUAUCAGGGUGCUGACCUCUGGUAAAUCUUAUAUAAAAAAAAGUAUUUAAAACUGGGAUUUGUUACCAGUCGCUCUUCAUUGUAUAUAGAAUUUUAUAAAUUGUAUGCUUUGGGGAUAAUUUAUUUAAAAAAAUAAUAAAAUGUUUUAAUUCCAUGUCCUAUUUGCCAGGUAGCUGCAUUUGCUAUUCAUUUCUGGAAAGGUACAGAUUUCACUUUAUGUUUAAAGGGAUACCAGCAACAGUGAUUAAGUGAAGUAUUCUCUAGAACAUCAAAUGUACAGUGUAUUUUACAGAUUGAAAGUUAACUUUCUUAUUUGGAGAGACUUUAUGAACGUUUUAGUAUUGUAUAAACGCAUUUCUGAGCUGCCUUAAACCUUGUAUUUUUUAUAGAAGGCGUAAAAAAGGCCUGUCUUUUAAAUAUGUAUGGCUUUUUUGUAUUUUCUAAACGUGUAAAUUAGUAAAGAAAGAGCUUUAAAUAAUGGAUGCAGUGAAAUUGUUUUCCAGGGACACUUGAACUCUCAGCACCCGAAAUGUGGGGGUGGGGGAAGAGAGGCGGGGAUCAAACCACAGAAUAACAAACCAAAAAAACAGUGAAAAAACAAAAAUCUGUGUCUGCCUGUAAUACUUCACAUAGAUGUAAAUUACUGCUAUUCUUACUUUAAUGGAUAAUUACAUGCAAGAAGUAAAUACAGCUUUGAAAGUACUUCUUUAAA